GCGAUAGGGAGCCGAAAACAUUCUCGGCUUUUUUCCAAACAUGUUUUGCACAAAUACCGUCAUCUUGUGAGACACUUGUCAAAAUCAAGCCAGGAGCAUGAGUAUGAUCUUGUAGUGAUUGGAGGUGGCUCUGGAGGACUGGCUUGUUCCAAAGAAGCCGCACAAUUAGGAAAAAAAGUGGCCGUCCUCGAUUAUGUAAAUCCAUCGCCACGUGAAAAAGAUCCUCAUUGGUCCGCUAGAUAUGAGGAAAGAACCAAGUGGGGCCUUGGUGGUACUUGUGUCAAUGUGGGAUGUAUCCCCAAAAAACUGAUGCACCAGGCAUCACUGCUUGGGAACUUGAUCCGAGAUGGGAAGUCAUAUGGCUGGGAUGUCCCAGAUUCCAUCAACAAUGACUGGGAAAAGAUGUGUGGAGCUGUUCAGAGUUACAUUAAGUCAUUAAACUGGGGUCAUAGAGUGCAGCUAAAAGACAAGAAUGUUGAGUACUUGAAUGCCCUUGGAUCUUUUGCUGACCAACACACAAUCAGGGCCAUAGACUCCAAAGGUCAAGAGAGAUUACUCUCAACAAAGCAUGCUGUUAUAGCUGUUGGAGGCCGACCAAUCCUGCCGACAGAAAUCCCAGGAGUAUCAGAUCAUGCCAUUUCGAGUGAUGAUAUAUUUUGGAUGAAGAAACCUCCCGGAAAAACGUUAGUUGUAGGUGGAAGUUACAUUGCCUUGGAGUCUGCUGGUUUCCUCUCUGGUCUUGGAUUUGACACAACUGUCAUGGUCAGAUCUAUUUGCCUCAGGAUGUUUGAUCAGCAAAUGGCAAAUUUAGUGACAGAUCAUAUGGAAAACAAUGGAACAAGAUUUCUAAAGGAAUGUAAACCAUUGAGGGUUGUGAAAAAUGCAGAAGGAAAAUUGGACGUAAGCUAUCAGGAUAGAAAUGGCAAUGAAGAGAAGGAGGCAUUUGAUACCGUUCUCAUGGCUGUGGGGAGAUACUCAGUAACAGGGAAGCUAAAUUUACCUGAUAUUGGUGUUAGCAUGGAUGAUGUCGGAAAGGUCAUUGGAGGUCAUGAAGGGGACCAAGAAAGGAGCUCUGUAUCUCAUAUAUAUGCAAUUGGAGAUGUUUUACAUGCGAGACCUGAACUAACGCCUGUAGCCAUCAAAGCAGGCAAGCUUUUAGCACAUCGCCUUUUUGAUGGGGCCCAGGUACAGAUGAAUUAUGACCAGGUGCCCACCACAGUUUUUACUCCGUUGGAGUACGGUGUUGUGGGUUUAUCUGAGGAGACAGCUCUAGCAACACAUGGAGAGAGUAAUAUAGAGGUAUAUCAUGCUUUCUACGUACCUUUAGAAUAUGUCAUACCAGGACGGGAUGCUUCACAGUGUUACAUAAAAGUAAUAUGCCAGAAGGGGGACGAUGGUAGGGUAUUAGGCAUUCAUCUUACUGGGCCAAAUGCAGGAGAGAUCAUCCAAGGAUUCUCUGUUGCAAUGGGAUGUGGUGUGACCUGGCGACAGUUGUCUAGCUCGAUAGGUAUACACCCUACAAUGGCAGAAGAGUUGGUCAAGCUCCAUAUCACCAAGAGUUCAGGUCUUGACCCCAAGGUAACGGGAUGCUGAGGUUAAUAAUCCCUGUGAAUGUCCCCUUCAGGUAUAUCUAGUAAUAUAUAAUGGUGUAAAUGCGUGUGAAUGAGAGUUGUUGUUAUGCUAACUGCUGUAAACCCUGUAUUCAUAAAGUUGUGAAAAAUUGUAUUUUCAAAUAUUUGUAGUAUGCGAAGAAACAUUAACAGCAUUCUUUUCUUUGUGGGAACAUUUUACGGGAAGGCAAAUAGCGUUUCUUGUGUCCGUCUGUUCCCUCUGGUCCCAUCCAGUCGCGUCGCAUCACGUCCCGUUUUAUUUCAUCGUAAUAUUUUGAGAACAUCUCAUUAGAUUUUGUACAUUACAUAUAAACGUAAUAAUGCUUUAAAAAUGUUUUGCUGUGGUUAUCGUUUCGUGAACCAUAGGAAAUAUUGUUUUAUUUAAAUAUUGUUUUUGUGUAAUAGGGCAUUGUUGUGUUUAUCUAUCAAGAAAAGUUUAUUUUAUCGUUUGAACUUGUUAACAUCAUCAUUGUGAUAUUUUGUUGUGCUAGACAAUGUUAUUACAUCUCUUGUCAUACCAGACAGAGUUUACAUUAUGUUAGGUGCUGGGACACACCUAAAAAGAGUGCGUUUUGUGGUCACCAUUGUUCAGCCUGUCCAUCACAUACUCUUUAUCAUGAAAACCUUCAGCUAAAUAAAUAUUGAGAAUGUUUUUAUGAUAUAUAUAUUUAUGCUCCUUAUUUUGACAUGGAUUGAUUGAUGAAAUAAUUUUCGUUUUAAAAAGGCAUUGAUUCAAUGUUUACAAUUUUGCAUAUAUUUCUAUAGUUUCCAUCGUAAAAAAUGUUUAAUAUAAAUUAUGUUACGAUUAGUAAUAUUAUCAGAUAUAUAGGUACGAUUAUAACAGAAACAAUUUUGUCUCCAGCGAUCAGUAACGGUAUCGCACAUAUUUAAUUGAGUGUUAUGUGACAAUUAAUAGUCCCGUUGCGUGUGUACAUUAAUGAGAAAGAUACAAUCAAAGCAAGUCGUCUUAUUCAGCUUCUCCAGCUCAUUUUGAUCUCAUAGGCGUUCUGGUCUUCAGUGCUGUGAACGUAUCAUAUGUUCGAUGAGUAUGAUACGACUGUAUAUGAUGCGAAUCAUUUCUUGUGUGACAGUGUGUAUAUAAUAUGGUGUGUGAUCUUAUUUGGGGUGAAGUUAUGUACGAAAGACGAAGUAACCGUAUCAGCAAUAGGUAUAAACCAUGUGACUGUGAUACGUAUACUUGUGUGUCUGUUUCAGCUGCAAUACUGCUUGAAUAGCAGGUUUGACUUUAUCACCAAUUAACCAAAGAGCUAUUUUGUACUUUUAAAUACCUCGGGGGACGUCACAGGGAAAUGUGUUUGCAUUUAUGUGAUUCAUUCAGACGCCGUGUGACUGUAUGAUGGUUGUGGUUCUAAAACUGCUAAAGCAGAGGACCACACCGGAUGUUGGUCAUAACAGCAAAGAAUUAUUAAAACAUAAUACUAUG